AUGAAAGCCGAAAACAUUCAAAUCUCCGGCAGACCGGCCCCCGGCCCUGCUCCAGGGGCGCUCCGCGGCCACUCCCUCAGAAGCUGGCCCUGCUCCGUCCUCUCCCCCGCCGCCGCCCCGCCCUCCUCCCGUGCCCGGCUUCCGCGCUUUGCGGCGCGCGCCCUCAUUCCCGGCGGCGCGGGAGGCGGGGACAGCAGCCGGCAAGGGGACAGGCUUUGGGAGGAGCGGCGUCGGGAAGGAAACGCCUCCCGAGCGCGCUUUACGGCCGGUCGAGCGGGCACGUCAACAGCUAUGGCGGAAGGGGAAGAGACGCCGCCGGGCAGCUGGAUAAAAGAUCUUGCAGACGCUCUAGAAGAAGGAGGUUGUGAUCUUGAAACUGUGAGAAACAUCAUUCAAGGAAGGCAAUUGCCUGCUGAUCUAAGGGCCAAAGUCUGGAAGAUUGCACUUAAUGUUGUAGGAAAGGGGGACAGCCUAGCAUCCUGGGAUGGCUCCUUAGACCUACCUGAGCAGAGUAUAAUUCAUAAGGAUUGCCAAGAGCUAAUUGACCAGUUGUCAGUGCCAGAAGAAGAGAAGUCAGUAUUAAUUUUGGAUAUUGAGUCUAUUAUUACUUUUUAUUGUAAAUCACGCAAUGUUAAAUACAGUUCUUGCCUUGGCUGGAUACAUCUGCUCAAACCUCUGGUGCACCUUCAUUUGCCCCGCAGUGAUUUGUACAACUGCUUCUAUGCUAUCAUGAAUAAAUUCAUUCCAAGGGAUUGUUUUAUGAAGGGAAGACCCUUUCAUCUGUUUAGACUGCUGCUUCAGUACCAUGAACCUGAACUCUGCUCCUUUCUUGAUACCAAGAAGAUGACUCCAGAUUCAUAUGCACUCAACUGGCUUGGAAGCCUCUUCUCAUACUACUGUUCAGCUGAAGUCACUCAGGCAAUAUGGGAUGGAUAUCUACAACAAGCAGAUCCAUUCUUUAUUUAUUUCUUAAUGUUGAUCAUCCUUGUCAAUGCAAAAGACGUUAUCUUAGCACAAGAAUCAGAUAAAGAAGAAAUGAUAAAAUUCUUAGAAACAUCACCAGCCAAUCUUGAUUUAGAGGAUAUAGAAGAUCUCUUCUCUUUGGCACAAUAUUACUGUAGCAAAACUCCAGCUUCUUUCAGGAAGGACAACCACAGUCUUUUUGGCAGCAGCUUGCUGGGCCUCAAAGAUGAUGACACAGACUUGAGCCAGGCUCUCUGUCUAGCAGUUUCUGUGUCCGAGAUUCUGCAAGCAAAUCAGCAACAAGGAGAAGGAGUGAGAUUCUUUGUGGUGGAUUGUCGUCCUGCAGAGCAAUACAAUGCUGGGCAUUUAUCAACAGCAUUUCAUUUAGACUCAGAUUUGAUGCUUCAAAACCCAUCUGAAUUUGCACAGUCUGUGAAAUCCCUGUUAGAAGCACAAAAACAAUCUAUUGAGUCUGGCUCCAUCGCUGGUGGGGAACAUCUCUGCUUCAUGGGAAGUGGCAGAGAAGAAGAAGAUAUGUAUAUGAACAUGGUGUUAGCACAUUUCUUACAGAAAAAUAAGGAGUAUGUAAGCAUUGCCAAAGGAGGCUUUAUGGCCCUCCAGCAGCACUUAGCAGAUAUCAAUGUGGAAGGACCAGAAAAUGGAUAUGGUCACUGGAUUGCUAGUACGUCAGGCUCAAGAAAUAGCAUAAACUCUGUUGAUGGUGAUGCUCCUAAUGGUUCAGGUGAUGGAAAAGGAGUGAAGUCCCUGGUGAAUAAAAUGACGGUUGCUUUGAAGACGAAAUCUGUGAAUGUGAAAGAGAAAGUUAUCAGUUUUAUUGAAAAUACAUCUACUCCAGUGGACAGAAUACCUUUCAAUAUUUCCUGGCCAGACAGAGCAAGCCUGGAGCGACAUGUCAGCAGCAGUGACAGAGUAGGAAAACCCUACCGUGGUGUGAAGCCAGUAUUCAGCAUCGGAGAUGAAGAAGAAUAUGAUACUGAUGAAAUUGAUAACUCCUCAAUGUCAGACGAUGAUCGAAAAGAGGUCGUCAACAUCCAGACGUGGAUAAAUAAACCUGAUGUGAAGUAUAACUUUCCAUGUAAUGAAGUAAAAGAAAAUGGGCAUAUGUUUCCCAGUCAUCUCCUAGUAACAGCAACUCAUAUGUACUGUCUGAGGGAGAUUCCGUCACGAAAGGGACUGGCUUACAUACAGUCUCGACAGGCACUCAACUCUGUAGUCAAAAUCACAUCCAAGAAGAAACACCCAGAACUGAUCACCUUUAAAUACGGAAAUAGCAAUACUUCAGGCAUAGAAAUUCUGGCAGUUGAAAGGUAUUUGAUUCCAAAUGCAGGUGAUGCUACCAAAGCCAUAAAACAACAGAUCAUGAAAGUAUUGGAUGCCUUGGAGAAUUAAUAACUAAAGACUUUGUAGAGACCUGUUUAUAAAGAAGAAGCAACCAAGAUACUGUAUGUGGACACAAGCUGACUGUUUCCCAACUGAAUACUAACUUAAGAGAAUUUUUCUGUUUGCUGAUGGGAAUGCCUGAGUAGCAGGCUUAAGAUAGGGUAAAUUACUAUCCAUUUCUGAACAGGAUUUUUGUUCUGGUUUUGUUUUUGGGGUUUUUUCUUGGUUUUGGUUUUUUUUUAAAUUUUUUUUUUUUGUUUUGGAGAAGUGUUUAUUAUAAAGGUCAGUUUGUUUCAUUUUAAUGCAGCCGUAAUGGGAGUCAUCUGCAUCUUUGCAAGAGCAAAUGCAGCUGGGUUCACAUUAAGUGUAUUAAAGGAAUUAAGGCCUGAGAGAUACAGAGUAGCAGUUGAAAAUGCAAUGGUUUCUGAAUUACUAUCCCUUGCAAAUAAAAUGUCUCCAUUGCCUACAGUCUAGAAAUUUGAUUUUGCCUUCUGGGUAGUAUCAAAGGCUAAUUAAAAAUAUAGGUUUGUAAAUCUUAAAAAUACUGUUUUCUCAUUAAAAACUGUUAAGUCCAGUUUGGGCUGCAUAUAAAUGGAAAAAAUACAAGCAAUUUGUAAGAUGAAGAGUUUUUUUAAAGUCUUACCAGCAGCUACUAGGUUAAAUAACUGGAAUUUCUGGUAAGGGUUAUUUUUAAAUACUGAAAUUACCUAGUUUUUAUUACUGGGUUGUGAUUUUUUUUUUAAUUAUGCAAAAUUUUACAUUUCAUAGGUUGAGGCUGUUUCCCUUGUAAAGAUGAGUGUAUGCAUUGAAAUGAAUGUUUCAUGACAGAAUAUGACAGUUGAAAACAAGUUGCCUUGCUCCUCAGAAACAAAAUAUCUAAGAAAUUUAGAUGUUUAAAACCCAUCAGUUCAGCACAGAAGUGAGUACCUGCUGACCAAAGGUGUUUUCAGCAAGAAGAUGAAUGCACACAAAACCAGGGAAGAAAUUCCAGUGCUGUAUACCUGUGAUAAAUGUAUUCUUAACCAGUUGCCUUCAUUGAGUCAAGCAUUUGUUUAUAUUAUUUUGAGUAACAACUUCUAAAUUAGUAAAUAUUUGAGAGAUGGCAGCUCUAUGAUUGGUCAUCAUAAGCUUUCCAUUUGUUCAAGAAUGGUUCUCUUGUUCAAAGCUCAGUACAGGAAUGUUCUUAUGGGCAAGGCAGAGCAUCUUUGUAGACUGAUGGGAAAUCAUCAAAAACUGCAAAAAAAAAGAUAGUGGGGAUUAGCUUUGCUGCAUGGAAUCUUCUGAGUAUUUCAAUCAAAGCCUAUGAUUUGGUACUUCAUCAGAAGGUAAAAAAAGUUAAACUGACCUUUAUAAAAAACGUUUAUUCUAAGUUAUUUUACUAGGAAUCAAGCUAGGGCACUUUAAUUCUGAAACUAAUUACUUUUUUUGCUUCUUAGUAUCUGAGUAAACACCAAUAGAACUUGAACUGUUGAAGAUAUUUGCAUGAAAUUGCACCUGGGCCAAUGCUCAUGUAUUUAUAGUUUUGCCCAGCAGCUGUUGUAUUACAUUUUCCUCUUCCUAAUCCUUUCUGAAAAUAUCCUCAAGAGUCUCUGACUCUGUGCCUACUUCAGCAACUGAGAUUUUUUCAUGUAAAGAUGUUUGUGCUACUGUUUAUAAACUACAGUUGUAAAUAAACCAGUACAAUUUGAACAUAACUUGUUCUGUCAGAAGGCAUUUAGUUGCAUACUGUAUAAAUUCUCUGAAGCAAUUAAAAGUUUUUCCUAAA